UACCCAUGUCUAAUAGUUGAAAGCCAGGUUGACUGCAACUGUGAGCAAUACGCAUGUCUAUUGUUUACUGUCUGUCUGGCAGAAAGUCUGAGCCAGUGCAAAAUAAGACAUGUCUACUGUGAUUGUGUUUGACGAGAGCUGUAAAACUUGACAUUUGUCUUUCAUGAAUCUUUUCGUAACUAAAUAUGAUGCGAAGCUGACUGGUAGAAAAAUAAUCAUUGUUAUCAAGAAGCGAAACUGUAGUUAGUUUUGUUUGCCUUUUAAAUAUGGCGAAGGAAGAAAUGGAAGACUCUGAUGAAGAUGUUGUACUUCCAAAUUCACCUCUGGCGGAUUACAUGCGAAACGUUUACAAUUCAGAUUAUAUAAAUUUACCUUUCUUAGAAGAUGUAAGGAAUCAAAAUGUCAGGUCUGGGUUAAAUGAUAUGCUUUCGGAUAUGAAUGUGGAAAGGAAAUCCGUAAGCGUGAUGACAAGUAUAAUAAGUAGCUUAAAAAGUUGGGUGAUUUCCUUAUAUGCACAUCUGUUACCGUUUACUGAACAGGUUAAUCGCUAUCUGCAAAAUCGCAUUUUGAGGAACUUUCAAAAUUCUAAAAUUUUGAUAGCUGAAGACAUGUCUUUCUUGCAGAAUUGGGAAUCAGAAACUCUAAGUGAUGUUAAAUCAUCUGCGGCAGCUGCAUUUCAAAUAAUUGCUACCAUUCUUGUGAUUUUCAUUUUUAAAAGCCUGUUUGUCGAUUCUGGUAUUCAGUGUUUGGAUAAAAAGUACAUUUUAUUUCCUGAAUAUUUCCAUUUAUGGUUUCAUAUAUAUACUUUAAUUUUAAAAUACCUUUUCAAUGGUAUUUUAUUAUUACUUUUCAUUUUCAUAGUCAUGAAUGUAAUAAAAGUGCUGUUUUACAUAAAUUUGCAUUUAAAUAUAACAAAAACUUUGAAUAAUAUGCAAAGUAUGACUUGUGUAAUAAAAAAAAGUAUCAGACUUAUUCAAGAAGCAGAAUUAAUAGCACGAGGUUUCACUUCUGCAUCCGUUACAGCUGUAGCGGAACGAAUUGAAACUGCAUCUGGUUUGCCUAUUGCCUGUCCAAACAGACAAUAUCCUGAACUUCGGAAAUGCAUAUUUACAUGGAACAAGACCUUGUUUAUGUAUCAUAGAUCAGCUACUUUAAAAAUUUUACAAACUGUGCCUUUAGGACAAUAUUUUGAUUUUUCUUCUCAUGCUGUAGCUAUGUUAGAUUUAAAAGAGUUUGGUGAGCUUUUGAAGUAUGAUGUAAAUUCUGUAGAUCAGUUAGAAGAACUCGAAAAAGUUUCUAGUGGCUUUAGUAUAACGUCAUUAAAAACAAUUUAUCAGUUAAUGGAACUACAAAUGUCUGAAUUUUUUAAGUACUUAUAUCUUAGUAUGUCAUGUUUAAUUAGCAGUAAUCAUAUAAAUCACUUAUGUUAUCUCAUGCGUCUGAAGUCAACACUGUCAACCUUACAAAAGGAAAUGACUUUUCUAUUAAAUGAAACUCAUUCUGUUUAUCGAUAUUAUAGAAGCAUGGCUACUGAUACUGUUGAAAAUAAUUUACAGUUGUCUUCUCGUAAAUCACAUUUAGAGGUGGCUGUUCACAAUAUGAGUUUGCAUUUGAAAGCUGCUUUAGUAAGAUUACUCCAAGCUGAAGAUCAUUUAAGUAAAACGUAUAAAGAACAUGGUGAUUGUGACUCGUUAAUAAGUAAUAACUCUUUGCGUUUGGUACAUUCUGUACUUAAAGAAGUUAAAUUAGAAGUUUCAGCAUAUGAAGUAAUAUUUGUAGAAUGUACUGAUUAUAUUAAUAAGUUAAUUGAUGGUAAUGAAAAAUUUCCAGUUGAACAGAUAAAUAUUAAAACAUUUCCAAAUGACUCUCAAGACAUUUCAAAACCAGUUAAGUGUGAUGUUGAAAGAAAUAUUGAAGAUGAAGUUUUUGAAGCUGUAGUAACAAAAUUAUCUCAUGAAAUUAAUGAAAAAGAUGAAAGAAAUUUUGCUGAUGAAGAAUGUAAAAGGAAUCUAGAAGUUUCAAGUCAUUUGAUGCAGGAACUUAAAAAUGUGCUUGUUGUUAAAGCUGAUGAAUGUCGUAUUCGUGAACAGAAAGCUUUGGCAAAGAAAAAACAAGAACUGGGAAUUUCUGAAUCUCCUGAAAUUUUGUAUGCUGGUUCAGAAAGUGUAGACGAAUCCCCGAUGAAUACUUGUUUGUUAGGUAAGAAAAAAUUUGCAGAAUCCUGGGACACAUACAAAAACAGUUCUUACUUGCACGAUAUUAAUGAUUUUGAACAUGAUGAUGAAGAUAUAAGGACAGAAGAUUCUCAGAAUACUAAAUUAAGUUUUGAACAUAGCAUAUUAGAUAAAAAUGAUUCUUUUGCAUCUUCAAUUGCUGCAUUGGCAGCUCAACGUAAACAAAUGUUAGGCAUAUCCCCUGAUGUAUGCUUUGACAAUGAAAGUGGAAAUGAAAGUUUAUCUGAGUAAUGAUUGUUAUAUUGUAUUUAUUUUGGCUACAUGUGUCAAAUAUGACCAAACAUUUAAAUGCUUUUUAGAAUUUAAUUUUAUGUAACUAACUUAUAAGUUAACUUUUACAAGUAAAUAAAAGUAUUAAAUUAAAAUGGUCUAAAGUUUCAGAAUGUAAAAAAGAUAUUACAUUAUGUAAUUAAUACAUUUAAUUUAAAUCAUUUCCAAGUUACAUAAAUAUUCAGACUUUUUUGAAUUUUGUAUGAAUCAAUUGAAAAAUAAUUUACUGCAUUGUAAUGAAAUGCAAUAGUUAUUACAAAAAUUGCAUGCAGUGGAAUAUUAAUUAUCUAUGUACUUGCACAUUUUCUUACCUAGUUUGCCGUUUAAAAUUUCAUGCCGUUUAAAAACAUUUGAUUUCAUGCCGUUUAAAAACAUUUGAUUUUAUGGUAGCUGAGUGCAGUAAAACAUGUAUAAAAGAAUAAUAUUAAUGAUGAUUUACUUAUAACUAACUACUUUAAAGUGUGCAGUAUUUAAAAUAAUUGCUAAUCUUUGGAAUAUGGUAACAGGUAGUAAGGCGAUAAAGGUUACUAGCUAGGACUUUAGCAGUGUACAUGGAUAAAGUCAAGAGUUUGCACAAU